AUGGACAACAAUGAUUAAAUUCUGAGAACAAGCAAUUUAGAGAAGCAUUAGCUGUGUUUUGAUGAGAUGAGAGCAGAAACUGUCAAUCCCGAUAAAAUAACGAUGUCAACUAUUAUUUCAGCUUGUGCUCAGACUGGAGCGCUUGAUAUAGGCAGGGAAAUACAUCUUUAUGUGAUUCAAACGGGAUUUGAUCUUGAUGUUUAUAUUGGAUCUGCAUUAGUUGAUAUGUAUGCUAAAGGGAAAGGUCUCUUUUGGUGUUCUUUAAACUGAGAGAGAAGAACCUGUUUUGUUGGAAUUCAAUAACACGUCAUGGUUAUGCAGAAGGACCACUGGCUAUGUUUGGAAGGAUUGAAAGGGAGGAUGUCAAAUAAAUGGGGUUACUUUUAUCAGAAUUCUGUGCCUGAGCUCACACAGGACUAGUUGAAGAAGACCGUGAGAUGUUUCUGAGCAUGCUGCAUGACUAUUCGAUUCCAACUGAAAUCAAACACCAUGGAUGCGUGGUUGAUCUAUUGAGUAGAGCUGGAUUACUUGAAGUUGCACUAGGCUUGAUAGGAUGCACGAAAUUGAAACCCAACUCUGUUAUUUUGUGUGCCUUGUUUGGGUGGGUGUAAGCUUCACAAGAACUUGGAGAUAGCUGAAAUAGCAUUCAAAGAAUUGAUGAUUUUAGAGCCAAACAAUAGUGGCCAUUAUGCACUUUUGGUUAACAUAUAUGCUGAAGCUCAUCGAUGGGGCAAGGUAGCGAAGAUCAGGCAAACUAUGGACGAACUAUGGGUAGAAUAGAGUUGCUCCGGAUCAAGUUGGAUAAAUGGAGACUUAAAAUUCAUCACUUUGCAGUUUGCAGCAUCUUAUAAAAUUCGUCUGUUUAC